CGGCGUUUCUUGAGGACUGCCAGAAGGCAUGGGGAAAGACGCUCCUUGGCUGGGCCAGGGGUGCAACCUGUGGCACGAUUGAAGGAGUCACCUGUGACUCUUCAGGCAUGAUUACCUCGAUAGAUUUGACAAGUACAACUCUUGAUGGGUCUAUCCCUAAUAGCAUUUCCUCGCUCACUUCAUUGAAAACACUGGCCAUGUCUAAUUGUGGGCUCAAAGGGUCUAUUCCAGCUGAAAUUCUAAGCCUCGUUUCAUUAAAGAUCUUUAAUGUGACAAAUAAUCAGCUCAACGGACCCAUUCCAGCCGCAAUUGGAAAGCUCACCAAUCUGAACGAACUAUCUGUCAGAAAGAACGCAUUGAAUGGCUCCAUUCCUGACAGCAUCGUGUUUCUCAGCGGACUAAAUUUUUUGUCUCUUUCACACAACAACUUCACGGGCUCCAUUCCUAACCAGAUCUCCAAGAUUUCUUUUGUCGAUAAUCUGUCUUUUGCAAUGAACCGUUUGACGGGCCCCAUCCCCGACAGCAUAUCCAAGCUUGAUCAGCUUUCUUUUCUGAGUCUUGCAAGCAACAAUUUGACGGGCUCCAUUCCCAACGGCAUCUCCGAGCUUUCUAAGCUCACUUAUUUAAAUUUCUCAUCCAAUUCCCUCAUUGGCCCCAUAGUCGUCGACUUUGUUUCCCGUAAUCGCAUCGCCUAUCUAAAUUACGCUGCUAAUAACCUGAGUGGGUACAUUCCAGCUAGUAUUGAACAACAAACUGCAUUGGAGUGCUUGUCUCUUUCAAACAACAAUUUGACGGGUCCCAUUCCUGAUGGCAUCUCCAUGCUUGCUCAACUCACUUCUCUGUCUCUGUCGAACAACAUCUUGGCGGGUUCGAUUCCCAAUGGCAUCUCCAUGCUUUCUUGGCUCACUUAUCUGGAUCUCUCAUCCAAUUCCCUCAGUGGCAACAUAUUCAGUGACUUUGAAUUGCUUGAUCGCCUCAACUAUCUAAACCUUUCUGAUAAUGAUCUCAGCGGUGAGAUUCCAGCUGAGAUUGGAGGCUUCACUUUAUUGAAGUACUUUGACGUCUCUGGCACCAACCUCGUAUGCCCACCUGACUACUCCGCCUGUGGCACAACACAAUCUCCCAACGCAGCCUUUUGUGGCACAUGUCAAUCCUUCUGCAAGACUUGCUACCAAUCUGCAGGAGGUGCGGGUACAGUGUCAUUGGGCGCCAUCAUUGGCAUUGUUGUUGCCGCUAUGGUCAUUCUCCUACUUCUUGGUGCAACUCUGCUUUACUUCACACACAAGAUCAAGCUGAAACCACAAGGCUCGGGGAGCAGCCUGGCAUCCUCGCACUGCACCGAAUUCUCACUAGCAGAAGUCCUCAAGGCCACCAAUGACUGGUCCGAGGACAACCAGCUGGGCUCGGGUGCCUUUGGCGAUGUGUACAAGGGUGUGUCUCCCCGCGAUGGCAUUACCAUGUGGGCUGUCAAGCGCGCCAAGCUGAUCGACGUGGACUUUCAGAAAGAGAUCCAGCAGAUGGCCGACAAGAACCAUCCCAACAUUGUGAAGCUCCUUGGAUUUGCGAUCGGAGGAGACUUGAGGACUCGGCCAGAGCAAGUUCUGAUCUAUGAAUAUGUGCCCAAUGGCGACCUUAACAGAUGGAUUGGUCCAAAGGCAUCCUGCCCUCUGACUCUGAAGCAGCGGCUGGACAUUCUCAUCGGCUUGGCACGGGGCUUCGAAUACCUCCACGGCUUUGGCAUCGUGCAUCGCGACAUCAAGCCUGCCAACGUCCUCAUCACCAACAGCAUGCAGGUGAAGAUUGCCGACUUUGGUCUGCUGAGGAUGGGGGAGGGCACAACCGUGGGCACAACGCGCAUCAUGGGCACACCGGGCUAUGUGGAUCCGGUCUACUCCAUCACGUCCAAGGCCACUGCAGCCAGCGAUGUGUACAGCUUUGGAGUGCUCAUGUUGGUGGUCCUCACGGGACGAGAGCCAAUCUCGGAAACUGCUGGAGAGAGCUGGAAGAUCACUCCGUGGGUGGCGGAGUGCCUGUCCAAGAAUGACGUGGGGAGCCUCAUGGACCCCACCAUGGACGCCCCUGCUGAAGCUGUGCUGCGAGUGGCUCAGAUCUCCCUCGCCUGCACUGGAGAGCGCACUGCAGACCGCCCAAGCAUGCUGCAGGUUGCCAACGAGCUGCAGGCCAUUCGCGAGGCAGUGGGGGGGAAAGAGGUGCUGUGUGCUGCAGUCAAGGUGGAUGCGCAGGUGCAGGAGAUGAAGGAUGUUGUCGCCGGUGUCGCAAGCCUCGACACGGAAAUUAUGAAGAUUGGAGAGCAGGCCUCAGGAUAA